AUGUCGAGCGCGUUGGAUACGUCCCUGGACGAGCUGAUUAAGAAGAGCAAGAAGUCUGGGAGCGGAAAUUUGCGACGGCAGGGCGGGCGUGGAUCCGGCUCUGGACCCACUCGCCGGGUGUCCAAUCGAUCGGGGAGCCGGGCAGUUCCUUAUUCUGUCGGAAAGGUGAACCUAGGGCUUCUUUUUCUGGAUCUCGAACAGAUUGAGCGGGUUCGGAGAUCUAGGUUUUUCCUUUGACGUAUCACGGAAACAUAGUUUAUGUAGAUCUGAAAGGAUUUCCCCCCUCCUCCUAUCGUGGCUUCUUUGAACAGCCUCCUCAAGCUCCCGAUACAGUAUGGCAGCACGAUAUGUAUUCCGAUCCGGCGGCAUCAUAUCCAGGGCCAUGUGUGGCUAGGGCUUCUGCCAUAGAGACCGGGACAAAACUCUACAUCUCCAAUCUGGAUUACGCCGUAUCGAACGACGACAUCAAGGUCACUCCCGCCCCUAUUUCUCCUGUUCCGUCAUUCAUGAAACUAAGCUCCAAUCGUUGGCCUUUUUGUUCUUCCAGAAUUACCCCCCUUGUAUUUUCCCGUAUAUUUAAUGCGCACAUUUGUGUACAAGCACAAUUCUUUGCACCUGCCUGCGGUGGGUUUUAUUUUACUGGUUAACAUUGUAUCCAUGUUCAUUUUAAUUGAGCUGUGUAGUUUGAACCAAGUGAAGAGCUUUUAAUAUCUCCACGAAUCUGAAAUAUUUUUGGCUUUGGCUGAGCUGCUGACUUGAAGCUAAUUUCUUGUGGUACAAAAUUUUAAUUCACAUAGAUAUUUCCUGUAAACGAAAUCUUAAAAUAAUGUCCUGAUUUUUUUAAUUUUUUUCUAUUAUGCAUGCUCUGUUUUUAAUCUGAACCAAUUUCUAUGUAGAAAGAAUAUGAUGCUCUGUUAAAUUCCUGCUCUUCUGUGCAACGUUUUUUGGGUUUUUAGUUUCUAAUCGAAUACUUAUUUAAUAGAAACUUAUUCCAACUCGCUGCGCUGAUUGUCUCUGAUGAUACAUCUUUGCCAAGGGGAACUAUUGCCUCCCUCUGAUGCUUGAUUUACUUUUCUCGUCCCUUUUUUAUGGCUCUAUUGCCUCCGCCUGCCUGUGGAAGCUUAAUUAGUUGUCAUCGAUAUUGUUAUAUCCUAUUCGCAAAUGACUUCUUACUCAGUCGAACUCAUGCAAUCCAAAUAAGUUUAGCUGGAGAAAUUUUCUGAUGUUAUUUUGUUAUUCCUUCCUUUUUAUCUUGGAUCUCUGUUUGCAGAUGGAAAGGGACAUUUCUAAACAAUGUUUAGCUUGCCUUUAGAGUAGUAGGAAAAUAGUGCACAUAGCAAACAAUGUUGUUCUUUCGAUGGUUGUACAUGAUUUAUUAUUAUUAUUUCCUGUGAUUAGUAGUUGCUACCUUUCAUUUAUUUCAUAUUUACGAUUGUGCACUAGCAGUGUCUUUCGUCCCCAUGCGGUGGAAAUAUGAAUUUCCCUGCAUACCUAUCAAUCUCGUAAAUGGUUUUGAAGUCUGCCACUAUAUUCUUAUCUUCUUAAUAAAGCUUUAGCGUCAUAUAUGGAAGUGAAACUAUUUACAGGGGCAUCGUAGUACAGCUCAGAAAAAAACUCAUCAUGGCGGUGUUCACUGAUGUGAAAUUGUUUUACUGUUGACAUCUAUUCAGGAGCUCUUCUCAGAAGUUGGAGAUCUGAAGCGAUUCUCAGUUCACUAUGAUCGGAGUGGAAGAUCAAAGGUAUAGCUGAAUGGACCAUAGAGUGGUUAUUUAGUGUCAAAUAUUUUUCGCAUGUAACGUAGGUUUAGCUCAAGAGGGUAAGUUUUACAGGGAACUGCUGAAGUUGUAUUCUCAAGGCGGGCAGAUGCUGCAGCUGCCGUAGCUAGAUACAACAAUGUUCAACUCGAUGGGAAGCCUAUGAAAAUAGAGAUUGUUGGAACAAAUAUUGCGACACCUGCUGCUCCAGCUCCUCAAAUUACCACUGGCUUGUUCCGAAAUCCUAAUGGUAUUUCUAAAAGGUUCGUUCUAUGGAGUACAGUUUUAAAUGUUCAUGCUACAGGAACGGAGUUUCUAUAGUUUAGUUGCGUUUGAAGAGGCUUUGGUUGCCUUCCUAUGUUUCUGUACGAUGUAAUACAAAGCUUCAUGCUAAACCAAAAAGGCUGGUCUUGUUUGAAAGAUUUAAAACGAUUUAUAUGUCCUCACGUCAUAAGCGGCAUGCCUUAAUUUUUAAGCUAAUAUCUUAUUGAGCAUAGCAAUACCACUUGGGUGCGUAGAUACGUGUCUUCGUGGUUAUUUAAUAUUUUGUGAUUGGUGGCCUCGUGUGAGAUUCUCCACAUGGUAAAAUGUUUCCUUCAUUGGGGUCUUUAUGUGCUUUAUAUUGUUCUUGUGUGGGAAUGGGGUCUUCUUGCUAUAAACAUGUAAGACCGUGGACGAUUCUCCUGAGCUAUGGACAGUUCCGUAUUUGCUGAUUUGUUUCACUCUUUGCUGGGUGUUGGGAUUCUUGUGCGAUCAUCUUGCACCUUUUAUUUUUUGUUCCAAAAAAAAAAAAAGAAAAAAUGAAGAAGAAGAAACACAACUUACAUAUGAGACGCGCAAAGUGGGUAAAGCGAAGGGAAAUAGUGUAGUUUUGCACUUUCAUAUGUGCUAGAAUACUUAAUUUUGACUUCGUUGUGAUCAAAAGGACCAUGGUGGGGCUUGUCUCUUUGCACUAUUUCAUUUUGCAUCAUGUGAUACUCUGUUUGGAGUUUUCUGAUUUCCACAAUAAUUUUGGAACAGUGGGCCAGCAAGGGAUAGUUCCGUUGGGAUAUCUCGUCGUGGUGGUGGUGGCCGUAGGCGUGGUAGAGCUCGCAAACAGCCAGGGAAAGAGCGGAAUGAGGAGAUAUCACCUGCAGACCUUGAUGCUGAUUUGGAGAAGUAUCAUUCAGAAGCAAUGCAGAUCAACUGA